GUCACAUCCGGUUUCAAAACAAGUGCUUCAGAAAAUUGCGAUAUUUAAACGUUUGUGGUCCCUUUAGACAUGUCUGAUAGUUCAUCUGAAGACGAAAGAGUUGAGUUUGAACGCAGAAAAAGAAAGAAACAAAGAUCAAGAUCACAUAGUCCACGUAAUAACCGAGGGAAGCAUAAAAAGCACAAAAAGCACAAGCAUCGUAGUGACAGUGAUGAAGAUGACAGACGAGAUGCAAGACAUGACCGCGACCACAAAAGACACCGGCCUGAUAAAUACGACCCACAUAAGAAAAUCAAACAGGAACCAGAUGAUGAUUUAAGAAAUCAGAGAAGAGAGCGUGAACGGAAUGACGAUCGCAGACGGAAAGCACGGAGACAACGAGAAAGAGAAAAUGAUGACAGUGAUCAAUUUCAGUUUGGACAAGGCCGCAAUCUUGGUCCAGAGCAACCUGUGAAGACAGAGCCUAAAGAAAAGGAGAAACCUAACUUCGAAGUGUCUGGAAAGUUGGCUGAAGACACAAACACAUACAGAGGUGUGGUAAUUAAGUAUAACGAACCACCCGAGGCAAGGAAGCCUCAGAAAUGGAGAUUGUACCCAUUUAAAGGAGACCAAGCCCUUCCCAUGUUACAUCUGCACAGACAAAGUGCUUUCCUUCUGGGCAGAGACAGACGAGUGGCAGAUAUACCCGUUGAUCACCCCUCAUGUUCUAAACAACACGCAGCUCUUCAGUUCCGGCUUGUUGAAGGUCGGCGUGACAAUGGAGCCUUGUGCAGACAAGUAAAGCCAUAUGUGAUAGAUCUGGGGUCUGCCAAUGGUACCUUUGUUAACAAUAAACAAAUAGAGGCACAAAGAUAUGUCGAACUAUUGGAGAAAGAUGUGCUUAAGUUUGGUUUCAGUACAAGGGAGUAUGUUCUCCUUCAUGAGAAAGCGGAUACCUCUGAGUUACAUGAUGAGGAUGAGGAAGACAGUUCGUAAAACGUGUCAACAGUGCUUGAAAUUAACCGCUCAAGUCCAGGGGCCCUUGCAAUCACCAUCAUGGUUCCUAGAUUCAGAUACCUUAGACAUCAAGGACCCCUUGACACACCUUAAUUUUAAACACUGUAUCGUGAUGGCAAAGUUUUCUAGCAUUCUGUCAUUUCAUUUGUAUCAAAGUGUAUAGUGUAUAUGGUUAUAAUUUCUCAUGGAAUCAGCUAUUUUGUACAAAUUUAUCAUCAUGGAGAUAGUAAAUUGUUGCAGUGUACAUUUGCCAGGUUAAGGGAAUGGUGAAAUACUUGACGGUUUUGUAACAGAAUACCUAAUCAGCCUAAACACUAUUUGUUUUGAUAGAAACUACUUAUGUUACCAUGGUUACUCAGGGUUUUUACGUGACCCAUAAAUGUGUGUCCAGUACGCACAAAUUUAAGGAUGGAUGCAGAAAACCCAAAAAGGAGAGAUGCACAAAAAUGCCAAGAGCGUACCUACAACGCAUCAAGAGUAGUUAUCUGUGUCUGUCACCCUUCUGUCAACAUGAUCACUGAUUCAUUCCAGGCUCUGAAGUCAUUAUCUAAAGGAACAGUACACUACACCAUUUCCAUACUUUACAGGACUUUCUGAUUACGCAAAUGAGUGACCCCUCUCAGGUAGUCACUUGUACGCGUAACGGUGGACCGUCUCGCCCACACAUUACAUCCUCUACUGAUUACCCACACGGACCCUUAAAAUUUAUAACCCA